GUUUCUUUCCCCCUUUUCAACUCUAAGCCAUUUAUCAUGGCCCUCAGUAAUUCUAGCUGGAGGCUGCCUCAGCCUUUUUUCUUGAUAGGUAUUCCAGGUUUAGAAAGAAGCCAGCACUGGAUAGCAUUGCCCCUGGGUGUCCUUUACUUCCUUGCUCUAGUGGGCAAUGUUACCAUUCUCCUCAUUAUCUGGACUGACUCAUCCUUGCACCAACCUAUGUACCUCUUCUUGGCUAUGCUAGCUGCCAUUGACCUGAUCCUGGCUUCCUCCACUGCACCCAAGGCCAUUGCAGUGCUUCUGGUUCAUGCCCAUGAGAUUGGGUAUACUGUCUGCCUAAUCCAGAUGUUCUUCAUCCAUGCAUUCUCCUCCAUGGAGUCAGGUAUACUUGUUGCCAUGGCUCUGGAUCGCUAUGUAGCCAUUUGCCAGCCUCUCCAUCAUACCACCAUUUUGCAUCCAGGAGUCAUAGGGCGCAUCGGGAUGGUGGUGCUGGUGCGGGGAUUACUUCUUCUCCUCCCUUUCCCUAUCCUGUUGCAGAGACUUAUCUUCUGCCAGGCGACUGUCAUAGGCCAUGCCUACUGUGAACACAUGGCUGUGGUAAAACUUGCCUGUUCAGAAACCACAGUGAACCGGGCUUAUGGGCUAGCAGUAGCCUUGCUUGUGGUUGGGCUGGACGUCCUGGCCAUUGGCAUUUCCUAUGCUCUCAUUCUGCAGGAAGUGCUGAAGGUACCAGGUGGAGAAGCUCGACGGAAGGCCUUUAGCACAUGUGGAUCUCACGUUUGUGUCAUCCUGGUCUUCUAUGUCCCUGGAAUGUUCUCCUUCCUCACUCACCGAUUUGGCCACCAUGUACCUCAUCAUAUCCAUGUCCUUUUGGCCACACUUUACCUCCUUGUGCCCCCUGCCCUUAAUCCUCUUGUCUAUGGGGUGAAGACUAGGCAGAUCCGCCAGCGAGUGCUCAGGGUGUUCUCCCGAAAAGGACAGAUCUGA